AUGUGGGUCAAUUCCGGAACCGUCGGAAGGGCCCUCUCCAUGGAUAUAGACACAGACUAUGAGCGGCCCAAUGUGGAAACCAUUAAAUGUGUGGUGGUAGGGGAUAAUGCAGUAGGCAAGACCAGGCUAAUCUGUGCCCGGGCCUGCAAUGCCACCCUCACACAGUAUCAGCUGCUUGCCACCCACGUGCCAACCGUCUGGGCCAUCGACCAGUACCGUGUAUGCCAGGAGGUGUUGGAAAGAUCUCGUGAUGUAGUGGAUGAGGUCAGCGUGUCCCUGAGGCUGUGGGACACAUUCGGGGACCAUCACAAAGACCGACGAUUCGCUUAUGGCAGAUCUGACGUAGUGGUGCUGUGCUUCUCUCUGGCUAAUCCCAACUCCCUGCGCCACGUCCGCACCAUGUGGUUCCCAGAGAUCAAGCACUUCUGUCCCCGAACACCCAUCAUUCUGGUUGGCUGCCAGCUGGAUCUGCGCUACGCUGACCUGGAUGCAGUUAACCGCGCACGACGACCACUCGCCAAACCCAUCAAACCCACAGACAUCCUUCCUCCAGAGAGAGGCCAUGAAGUUGCGAAGGAGCUUGGAAUUCCCUACUAUGAGACCAGCAUUGUUGCCCAAUUUGGAGUGAAAGAUGUUUUCGACAAUGCCAUCCGGGCUGCCCUAAUCUCCCGCCGUCACCUGCAGUUCUGGAAGUCACACCUGAAGAAAGUCCAAAGGCCCCUGCUCCAGGCCCCUUUCCUUCCACCGCGCCCGCCACGCCCCAUCGUGGGCAUCCCAGAUCCCCCUCUCUCAGACGGCGAAGGCCCAGACUCGCUCUUCUGUCAACCUCUGUGUGCCGACGUUCUUUUCCUUUUGCAAGGCGGCACCACUCGUGUCUUCGCACACAAAGUCUAUCUGGCCACGUCCUGCUCCAAGUUCUAUGAUCUCUUCACUCUUGAUCUCGGCGGCUCGUGUCCAGGGCCAAAGCGGGAGGAACAGGAGAGCAAGGAAAACUUUGAGAGUGGGGAGGAAGAUGAGCAGAGCAGAAGAGGAGCAAAAGAACAGGCUGGGCGCACCAAGAGUCUGGAUAUUGACAAAGAUGGGGUGGAUAUAGGAGUGCGGGGGCUCAAUCGGCCGCAGCUGCUCCAGCAAGGCUCUUUAAGGACUUCCCAGAGCGAUAAUGCACUCCCUUCUCGAGCCCAGUACUGUCUUGGAGCGCUGGGGACUGGUCGAGCACUUUCAGGCUGGGGAAGAGGCUUCCUGAGUGUGUGUCUGGAGCAUGUUGAUGAUCCUGUGACUGGACGACCCCGACUUAUGACAGUGGUCGUCAUGGAUGCACUCAUCCAGGAGGAGCCAUUCAAGGCGGUGCUUCAAUACCUCUAUACCGGAAGUCUAGACGAGGGGAGAGGUGAUCUGAUGCAGGUCGCUACCAUCGCCGAACUGCUGGAGGUGUUCGAUCUGCGGAUGAUGGUGGCUAACGUGCUGAACAGGGAGAGCUUCAUGAACCAGGAGAUCACCAAAGCCUUCCAUGUUCGCAGAGCCAACCGCAUCAAGGAGUGUCUCAAUAAAGGAACCUUUGCCGAUGUGGUGUUUCGGCUGGACGACGGCUGCCUCCCGGCCCACAAGCCCCUGCUCAUCUCCAGCUGCGACUGGAUGGCGGCCAUGUUUCGAGGCUCUUUUAUGGAGAGUUACAUUGAAGAGGUGUCCAUCCCUAACACUACUGCAGCCUGCAUGCGCGGGGUGCUGGAGUUCCUGUACUGCGGUCUUCUGACACCCUGUCCUGGCUUGGAGCCCAUGGAGCUGAUAGUGCUGGCCAAUCGUCUUUGUCUGCCACGCCUUGUUGCCCUCACUGAACAGCAUGCUGUUGAUGAGCUUCUCCAGCUGGCAGUGAAAGGAGUCGACAUCGACGGACAGGUGUUGGCUUACCUUGAGCUUGCACAGUUCCACAAUGCAAAGCAGCUAUCAUCUUGGUGUCUGCAUCACAUCUGCACUAAUUAUAACAGCAUCUGCCGCAAGUUUCCUAAAGACAUGAAGGCCAUGUCUCCAGAAAACCAGAAGCACUUUGAAAAACAGCGCUGGCCACCGGUGUGGUUCCUGAAGGAGGAGGAUCGUUACCUGCGCUCUCAGAAGGAGCGCGAACGCGAGGAGGAGAUCCUGCGCAAGCAGCACACCAAGCGUGGCUGGUGUUUCUGGAGGCAUCCGUCCUCUUCCCCGCAUGUCUCCUAAACUGUGUCCUCCACUGACUUUUCAUCCCGAUCUGGGUUUUUCCCGCCCAGGAAUGUUAGAAGUCUUGAAGCAUAUAAAGGAGGAUGCCUCCGAAUCCUCCAUCAGUGGAGGAAUGGUCCUCAGUGCUAAUAUGCCUGAAUGUCAGCAUGUUUGGGGGAAUGUAUGUGCCUCUUUACCAAGUGUGGUUGUUCACAUGAGUGCAUUUUGGUAUGCUGUGUGACAAGUGUGAACUCAAGUGAGGGUAUGUGCAUGGAUAUCUGAGUAUGUGUGUGAUAUUGUGCUUGAGUGAUGCUUCCAAGUUGAGUGCUUCCCAGACGCCCUGACUUACAAGGGCCCCGUGGCGUUGCAGUGCAGCCCCUUGUUCCCUCCACAAGAGCUCUGUCCCUCCACCAGCACUCACAGUGUCUCAGCCUUUGAGUGAUUGGACUGGGAGCAAGGGCUCUCUAUCUCUCUCAGUCUCUCAUUCUCCAUCCUUCACAUUGACCUUAAUGACUAUUACACGCCGACCACCGCGGCUCCGAUUCGGAGGAGCUUACCUCUGCCUUCACUUCUGUACGGACUGUUAGCUUCCACAUACUGAAACCCCGACCACCACCCACCCCCGUAAAACCAGCUCUGGAUUCCCAGGAACUGACACUGACAAUGUAGUCGUUAUUUCAAGAACAUUUAACCUUUUGUAUACUUUUUUGCACCUUCUAGGACACUGUUAUCAGGGGAAACGGCGCACAACACGUUCAGUAAGGAAUGGCAUGUUGUUGCAAUUGAGAUUGUUAAACUAAAACCUGAGUUUGGGUGUGAGGGGUUUAAACAAAACAAUUAACAUGUUAAUAUACUCCUGUCAGGGAGUUGAAUAAUAGUUAGUAGCCUCUAGUCUAGUCAAUAAACACCGUCUUUUGCACAACGCAUUUGCAAAAAACUGAACAGAAGCUGUUCCUGAUGAGGUGAUUUCACAGAUUGCAUUUAAAAGACCCUCACUUGACUACCUUGUAGCAGCGACGGAGAUAAAGAGGGCUCGCCUUACUGAUACCUCUUUCACUGGGGGGGACGAUGGAUACAGUAUUGAACGAAAGCGCUUGUAACGUCCAUGACCACUAGGUUGCAUUAAAGCGCCUCAGCCAGCCUGCCUUUACACCCCUACACCACUAGGGGCAGCACUGCUCAGGGCCCCAGCACUAACCCUCAUAAUAACAGGAGUUUUUUGUGUUUGUUGUUGUUUUUUUUUAAACUAGUUUCAGUUAUUAAGGUCAUCAGUAUAACUUCAGUGUUAACAGAAGCUAAAGCACAUGAACAGUGGUAUUUUAGUGCAUUCAAGAACUUAAAACUGAUUCUCACUUGAUUUUGAAUACCAAAGCUGUGAUUCUUCUUCCGCACUGUCUUCAUUUCUGCUUCCCUGCUUUUUUUUUUUUUUUUUUAUUAGCAAAAAAGGGAUGGAGGAGAGAAGAGAAAGUGACUCGUAGGAAAAGGAAGCAGUGCAAAAAUAGCAUUUGAGUCCCUCUUCGUUGGGGCGUUUUCAAUCUGUGGUGUCAGGGAGAAGUGUCAUUGUCGGACAUUGCCUUCCAUUCCUGUUGUUGAUGGUGCUUAAGACACAAUGAGACAGUGUCCACAAGAACACACGCAGACACACACGGUUUUAUGGUCAAAUCUCCAGCUUCUCUCUCAUUGUUUAGUGUUUACUUGCAAGAAAAAUGCAGACAUUCAAUAACUGUAUUCAGAUUUGAACAUUUCUCUUAUUAACAAGAGGUAAAAAUAGGUCAUUGAUUAUAAAAUAUGUAGAUUUUGAGUUUUAUAAACAGUGGUGGUAACCCUGUGAUGUAUUUUGCUGCUUUUAUACUCAAAAGCAAAUUUAAUGUGUUUGCCUAACCAGGAAAUUGAUAUUCCUUAUUUGCACCGAUGAGAGUUUUUUUUCCAGACACCAGACCGUUUGAUAUCUAACUGCAAAUGGGCGAAUCAGAUUUUCUUGUUAAGGGUGCUAAUUUCUUUGGGCUUUCAUACUGAAUGUGA